GGAUACAAUAAGUAGUCACAUACCUAAGUCCCCUUUAGCCAGGAAUGGUGAACAUAUACUUGUAUUUACUACAUUGCUUGUAUGACGGUAAAAUUUCGCACAUUAUAAAGAAAAAGAUAAAGAAACCUGAGGAGGACAAAAUUGUCUAGCAAGGGAGGGCGCCGCUAUCCCGCGCCGCCACACUCCUGCCAUCUGUAAACAUUCCCCCAAACAAUAACUAAGUACAAAAAUAACCAAUUCCUGCCGUCUGGGAGUGUGACGGGCAAUUUAUCUUAACUUAAACAUGCGUGAGGGCGUGAGGCAGUACGUAGGGCGACAGGAGACGUGCGGCAGCCUUUAGUAUCACCAAUUAAAAGCAAGAGAAGGGAGUGGAAGAGGCUGCGGAGUGUCCUCGCCUCUGCUCCUUGCUGCAAAAAUCGCCCCCAGCCAAACCCUGCUGAGGCUCCCCAGCCCAUCCUCCCUGCGGCCUCGGUGUGCAUGUGCGGCGCCUUCUGAACUACCACCAUGCCCAAGAAGAAGUCAGGUGUCACAAACAACAGUACCUUGGCUGCUGACUUCAAGCCAGGUACCGGGGGCUCUCCAGAUUCUCCGAACAACCCCAAGAAAAAGAGACGUACCUCUAAUCCCCCACCCACAGCCCAGGGCCCUCCGUCCACCCCACCAAGCAAUGACUUGGUCCCUCCCCCCCUCUCAGGUUAUGGUGACACAAUUGUGGCGUCCAACCCCUUUGAUGACUCCCCUUCUGUGUCAGCACCAUCCUCCAGCAGCAUGGGGCCGGGGCCAGGACCGGGGCCCGGACCUGGACCAGGACCCAUGAGUCAUGGUCCAAUGGGCCCAAUGGGGAUGUCUUACAUGGCAAAUAUGAACAUGAAAAACAUGGGAAUGGGAGGCCCAAUGAGUGGACCAAUGGGAGGACCAAUGAAUGGGCCCAUGGGUCCUGGUGGACCAAUGGGUCCUGGAGGUCCCAUGAAUGGACCAAUGAGUGGACCCAUGGGACCUGGUGGACCCAUGAAUGGUCCAAUGAAUGGUCCUAUGAGCAGUCCCAUGAAUGGCCCCAUGAAUGGGCCAAUGAAUGGUCCUAUGAAUGGCCCCAUGAAUGGUCCAAUGUCAGGCCCCAUGAACAUGAACAACAUGAAUGGCAUGAACAUGAACACUUCAAUGUCUGGGCCUGGUAUGCCCAUGACCACCAUGAGCCAGAUGACUAGCAUGGCAGGGAUGAAUGGACCCAUGCCUCCCAUGAAUGGGCCAGGGAUGAACAAUGGACCAGGGAUGAAUAAUGGCCAGGGUCCUAACAUGGGACCUAAACCCAUGCCAGUCAGCUCUGGCAAGGUUUACCCGCCCGACCAGCCGAUGGUCUUCAAUCCCCAAAACCCGAAUGCUCCGCCCAUCUACCCGUGUGGGAUCUGCCACAAGGAGGUGCAUGACAAUGACCAGGCAAUCCUCUGUGAGUCUGGUUGUAACUUCUGGUUCCACAGGGUAUGCACAGGGCUCACAGAAGGGGCGUAUCACCUAUUGACAGGGGAAGUGUAUGCUGAAUGGGUAUGUGAUAAGUGCCUCAAUUCAAAGAACAUCCCGCUUGUAAAAUUCAAGCCAUGAGGGCGUGUGAUGGAUAUGUAAAAGGAUCAGUCAAGUGAGCUGUUUCACUGCAGGAUGGAAUUUUUCAUUUCAAGUAGCAGUCAGAAAUUAGUCUUCCCCAAGUCCUUGCAUAUGCUCAUUGUGGCUGAUCUUUUCACAUAUACCUGAUGAAUUUUCUCAUGUUUACUGUUCAUAUAGGACAUGAUCAUCAUCUAAAUAUUCCUGGGGCCAGAUAAUAUCAGCUUCAUCCAUUCAGAUACUCGUGUGUGUAUAUAUAUAUAUAUAUAUAUAUAUAUAUAUAUAUAUAUAUAUAUAUAUAUAUAUAUAUAUAUAUAUAUAUAUAUAUAUAUAUAUAUAUAUAUAUAUAUAUAUAUAUAUAUGGCUGACAUGCCCUAGUUAUUGCAACUCCUAACCAACCUGGCAGCUGCUGAUUAGCGCACUAUCCUGGUGGGGAGUCACAAGCCACUGAUGUGUAUCUCAAGCUCUGCUCUGUACAGAAUCAGCACCCUAUCCAGAUUUAAUCCAGAGAUAUUUUACAAAUCAAAUAAGUUCUGAGCUUCAGGAAUUGUGCAUCAUCACUUCCGUCAGGUGCAUAAUGUAGAACAAUUGCUCAUUUUCACAAGAUAUUCAAGACUGUGCUACCUGUUCCUAUUUGUUCCAGUAGCAGCCUUUCAUCUGGUGCAGUUCGCACAUUUAUUGAUUGGGAUGUUGUCAAGAUUUUUAGGUCUUGCAUCAUUCCUUGUACAGAUAAAUUUUAAUUGGAAAUUAACUUUUCAAUCUAAAUUUAACUAAAUUUUGCAUAAUAUUCAAUCAGAAGUUCAUGCACUAUGGUUGGUUAAUUUUUCUUUUAUGUUAGACUAGAAGUUCUUUAUGCAUUGCAGUAAAUGAAGGAGGCUCAGGCAGUAUGCUUUGAUGUAGCUCAAUGAAAUGUCAGUAACCCAGGAAUAAGGGAACUGCAACAAAUGGUAUAAUACAGAAGCUAUAUGAAAACAACAUUCAUAUUUAUAAAUUUCCUUGUGACAUCUUUAACCUUCAUUCCUGCAAUAAUUGUGGUGUUACUAUGGUAACUGCAGUAGCUGCAAUACCUUCUCAUUUUUAGGAUUAAAUCAUAUCUGUGUUACAGUGUCUUGAAUUAAAUACAUUAGGCAUGGGACUGGCUUGAAGUGAGUGUGAGGGGAAUUCAUCCAUCCACCUCGAGGAUGAGCUGUCACUGUCCGUCACAAGCUGUGCAUUAAAAUUUGCCAUUGAGGGCAAAUACAUAAGCAGUUUUCAUGUUAAUUUUGAAUGAAAAGCUCCAUUUCUCCACACUACUUGGGCUGCUGUCUGCACAUUCCAGACUAACUCAGGCAACAUGGCAGUUGCCAGUCAGUGAAUAUUAGAAUUUUGCAAAGAAGUAAAACAUUAAAGAUAUUUCUGACUCAGCCCCCAUUAUAUUGUUAAUUAACCCAUGGAGAAAGGUGACAAUUUCUAAAGGCUGUAUAUCAGUAGUUUUUGUUUUACUUUUAAAAUUAUAUUUGUAUAUAAUUGUAAUAAUACUGAGCUUACUUUAGUAAGAAUGUGGAAGUGAUGGCUAAUUAAUAUAAUUUAAGUUGAUUCUCACCCAGUAGAACACUACAGAGUACUAGCAUAAGUGUUUAUACUUUCUGGGUUAAGAAUUUACUUUUUCGAAGUUUUGACCAUGUGACUGUUGCCAUGUCAAAGUUUCUUAUUUACUUUGUUAACCUGUGUAAGUACGUUCAGUUAAUUCUGUGUUUAUUAAAUUUUGGACUUAGGCAGGAAGUGCCUUGUGGCAAAAUCUUUUUUGAGCAUAAAACAAAAAUGUUUGUUUUGUUUUUUCAUGUAAGAGGUUCACUGGCCAACUGAAAAUGUCAUUCCCCCCAAAAAAGUCAAAAGGAUCAUCCAGAAUUGGAGGAUAAAUGUCUUGAAACCUCCAUCUUGAAAAAAUUUAAGUCAUAGGAAGGAGUAAAUACAGAAGCAGGCAGGGAGUUCCAGUUUACCAGAAAAAGGGAUGAAUAAUUGAGAAUAUUGGUUGCAUCAGGGUAGUGAACAGAAUAGGGAUGAGAGAAAGUGAGAAGUCUUGUGCAGCAAGGCUGUGGUAGGAGGGGAGGCAUGCAGUUAGCAAGAUCAGAAGAGCAUAUAGUGUGAAAAUAGUGGUAGGAGAUAGCAAGAGAUGCAACAUUGUGGUGAUGAGAGGGUGAAGAUAGUCAUUUAGAGGAGAGGAGUUGAUAAGACAAAAUACUUUGAUUAUUUGUUUUGCCCUUCAGGACACGCUUCUUUUCUUAAGUGGUAUGAAACAUACACAUACGCCGUUAGUUAAGGUGUUACUGAUUUGACAGUAUACUGUACAACUUGGUCAUGUGGUAGGUACAAUAUGUAUUAAAGAAAAUUGAUAAUUUUUCAAUAAGUUAAAAGGUGAUGAGGGUGCUUUUAGUGUUUGGAGACAUGCCAGGUGGCAACCUGACUGAAAGUGGAGGGACGGUAAUGAGGUGAGGCAGGAGGGUGAACAGUGUCUUGAGUCAGUGUGGUGUCAGGUAAGUUUGAAAUAUGAUGCUUUUGCACAAGUAAUGUAGGGUUGAAUUAUUCUCAUUAUUUUAACUUGUGCUAGUAAAUAUUAAGUGAGAGCGGAGAAACUUCAGUGUUAGAAUAAGUUCCACAUUUCAUGUUCUUUUUAUUAGCUGUUGAGGAGGUACAGCUGCAGAUGGCAGUAUUUUGCCAUGGUUCUGGCUAAUGACUUAACCUAGCCUAAAUGUGCAAACAACCAGUGGUUCAAGUAGUAUGUGAACCUGCUUGUACCUGAGAAGUACACUGAAAAAUGUAUUGGUAGAAAUGCUGUAGAAUCUCAUUAUGUUCUCAUCAAAAGUAAUUACUUGUUAAGGAAAGAGUGCCAUGGCUUCUUAAAACAUCCUGCUCAUUCCCUCAGAAUAUGAUUCUUCUGUUCUUUGUAAAAUAGCUGGACUCUCUAAUCUGUGGCUUUCUUUGCCUUUUAUUUUUAACAUCCUGACCUGGUUUGCUACAACAGUGUAGUGCAUUACCUUCAACUUUGAACCACCGAAGAUUGAAACCUUCACUUUCCUUGAUACUUGGGAGGUUCAACAGAAUCUUUAGUAGUAGGGUACUCAGAGCAGUCUCCAAUAUAUGAAGGGAUGGUCUGCAAUAUACUGUAUGAAGUGAGAUACAGCUGUGGAUUUUAGCUACAAGAUUGAUGUGUGUGUUGGUUAAGGAUGGAAUACCUUUUACUAAUAUAUCUGAUGCCAAAUUUCAUAUUCAUAUAUUAAUGUGUAGUUGAUAGUUCCUAAAAUAGUUACUACCCACAUGCAUACAAUCAGUUUGCACUGAAUCAAGUGGCAUGGGAUAUGGAAUUUUAGAUUUUUUUUUUUUUUUUAGAUAUAUUUCAGAUUAAUUAGUUAGCUAAGCCUAACUGAAGGCUUCAUGUAAAGAAAUAUAAUUGAGUGUUCUUAUAUGCUCCUCAAUGUACAAAUAUUGUUUCUCUGGGUUAUGUUCCUAGGGCAAACUUUCUCAUCUCCAUGACAGAGCAGACUUGCUGUGUGUGUAUGUAUGUGUGAACCAGGGUUCUAAGCCAUACAUUCUGAGGAGUGGUAGCUCAAAAAUACUUCCUGAUUAACCUGUCCAUUAAUAUUGGACUAUGAUGUUCAAAAUAUUGUAUCUUGAAUAUAACAUGUAAUUUCUUCAUUUCUUAGACUAAGACAGAUUUCAUUCAGUAGUAAGUUAUAAUAGCUCUAAUAAACUAUAUGUCUAGUUAAUUAUCAGUGGUAUUAAAGGUUAAAAAAAUAUAAUUUCUUCAGAAAAUUUUGUUGAUAAUUAUUAAAAGCAGCAGUA